AGCGGUUUUACCACUGUGGCGUCCUAUAUUAUCACAUCUUAAGUCUGUUGAGACUGGAGACAUUCACGGCACCUAGCAGUCAUGAAAAGCCCACAGGCUGCAAUUUUCGGAACUUUAUUGACGUGCAACCGGCAAUAUCAACGAUCGGUGAAAAUACCCCUGAGAAUGUCAAAAUGUGGCCGGCAGAAGCUGCCGAGCAGCCUCAGGGCUGGUUUGCGGAAGCACUCAUUCUACGACGGUUAAUCGGAACUUACUAACAUCGAAAUCAUGUCCACCGGGAUUAACACUUCCACAGUACCUACUACUAAGCUCAUGCAAUCAACGUAAAAACGGCGUGGCCGCCCACCCUGAUGGAUUGGAGCUUUGCCGGUCCGAGGGACAGAAUCAGGAACCAGGGCUUCCAAGAUGCUUCGCUCAGUUCUUACUCUUGCAGUCGCUGCGUUGCUAGGGCCUGCUCUAGCCCAACUGGACGUCUCCCCUGACGGAACUUGCGGUGACUUCAGUGGCUAUUCCUGCCUAGGAUCGUCAUAUGGCAACUGCUGCUCAGAAAACGGAUGGUGUGGUCCUUCGGACUCACAUUGUGGCUCGGGGUGUCAGUCGAGCUUUGGGCUCUGCGGCAAUGGAGUUGGCGGCAUUGGGCUCUCUGACAUCCUUACGACGACCAAUCCGCCGGGACAGUCUCAGCUCAUCUCAACCAUAUUUGUUACCGAGACGAGGUGGACUGUUCAGCCCCUGCCCAUUACGACUACGAUUCGAACAACCGAGACUCAAAGCACUCUUGUCACUGCAACGUCUACGGCUGUUCAGACGCUCAUCUCGACCCUUACUCACUCGGCAACUGUUACCUCUUACGACACAGUGAAUGUUACCAGACAGACAACAGCAACGGCCAUCACGACAAUCCCUACAACAGCUACCUCCUACAACACCAUCAAUGUUACGAGACAAAUCACUGCAACUACCUUCGUGACAGCGCCCACAACGGUCACCUCCUUUACUACGGUUGACGUGACAAGAUACUUCAACACCACCUCAACAUUGACGGCACCGAUAAUAGUCACUUCCCUUACCACCGUGGACGUGACGAGAUACUUCAACAUCACUUCGACAUUAACCACACCCACAACAGUCACCUCGUUCCACACUGUGAAUGUGACAAGCUACAUCAAUAGCACCUCCACGGCGACCACGACCACCACCCGGACACUGACCGCGACCCUCACUCAGGCCUUCACCUCCACCGCGACAGCCACACUCACCGUGAACGCAACCAGCUUCACCACUGACGUCCGGACCGUGACAUCCCACGUCCAAGUCACGGUACCCGUGUUGGCAACCAGCACAUUCUACACUACGCAAACUGCGCUGGUGACCGCGACAACGCUAACAACCGCCACACGGAAUGUCACGCGGGAGGUGGACACCACAACCAUACUGACUUUGCCUUCUACCGCUCUUCAAACCAUGACGGCAACGGAGACGGCGAGAACAACAACAGUAAUCAACACCACGUCCACGGCGACAGUAACAACUACUAGCACCGCCACAGCAACUGUGACAGUCACACAGACAGUCCAGCCUGGAACAGUCCAGACGCAACCACCAACCAUGACCCCGACCUCUGCUUCCUCGAGUGUGACAAGCCUGAGCACGCAGCGAGAGAGCUCACCUGCUAGUACUAGUACGGGAAUCACAUCGGCGUUGUCUGAUAGCGUGUAACGGUCUCCUAGGAUGUUCGGGUGUGGGAUAAACGAAGAGGUCUUGUGAUUCAAGAUGCGGGAGCGUUCAAGUUAGGCCUGAUGGUUGGGGAAUAGGGGGCCAGGACAAUACAAGAAUGGUGGUGAUCUGACAAAAUUGACGUUCGUGGGCUUGAGAGUGGAGGAAGAAAAGGCAAUGGAACAGAGGUUCAAUCCGUCUGCACUGUACGGAGCACAAAAGGGGGAAAGCAUGAAAAUUGAGCUACAAUCGCGAGAUCACUGCAGAAGCCGUGUCAUUACCCGGUGACUAAAGUCAUAGCGAUGAGUGCAGGUUCUCUGCCAGUGAAGGCCACUAGCAGGCCUAAUGAGCGCAUGAAAAAAGGGGU